UUUAGCUGCUAAGAUGUAAUCUACACCGUUGAUUUGAUAUGAGAGUAUAAAGAUCAAACGAUAAUCUUUUGAGGGACCCUUCUUCCAUUUUUGUAGGGUUCGUGCAGAGGAUAAGGGUUUUCGAUUUUUGAGGUCAAUGGAGUCGAACCAAGAAGGAAAAGCGAUACGAGAGAUUGACGGAAAUGUUGACCAAGUAACCAUGACCAAUCUAUUCGACCCGGAUCCGAAACCCAACCCGGGUUUACUCAUGAAGAAAGAAGAAGUCGGGUUUUUGCAGCCGCAGAUGAUGACGACGACUAGUUCGCUCAAACCGGCUACGAAGAGACCGACUAAAGACCGUCACACGAAAGUCGAAGGACGUGGUCGGAGGAUCCGAAUGCCCGCGGGUUGCGCUGCUCGGAUCUUUCAAUUGACCCGUGAGCUGGGUCACAAAUCAGACGGCGAAACCAUUCGGUGGUUACUGGAACGAGCUGAACCGGCGAUAAUUGAAGCUACCGGAACCGGAACUAUACCGGCUAUUGCUGUAUCGGUUAACGGGACUUUAAAAAUUCCUACAACCUCUCCAAAUGACGGCGGCGGUGACGGUGACGGUGACCUAACGAAGAAACGGAGGAAGAGAAACUGUACGAGCGACUUCGUCGACGUUAACGAACACGACAGCUGUCAUAGCUCCGUUACUUCUGGUUUAGCUCCGAUCACGCCGUCAAAUUACGGAGUUAAUAUCAUGAACGUUAAUACGCAGGGGUUGGUGCCGUUUUGGCCUAUGGGUAUGGGUACUGCGUUUGUUACUAAUGGACCGAAUCAAAUGGGCCAAAUGUGGGCUAUACCUACCGUUGCUACCGCACCGUUUCUGAACGUUGGUACUAGACCUGUGUCUAGUUACGUCUCAACUGCUGAACCGCAGAUGGAAACGAGCGGUGACGGCGGCGCGACGCAACCGCUGAGGGAUUUUUCGUUGGAGAUUUAUGACAAGAAAGAGCUUCAGUUUUUGGGUGGCUCAGGGAACUCAUCUCCAUCAUCGUCAUGUCACAACAAGACUUAGGAGAGAUUUUAAUUGUUAGUUCUUGUUUCUAUAGGUCAGUGUAAAAGAUUUGGGAGAACAAUUCAAUUUCUUAUGAUUCUGUUUAAAAAUUCAAAUAUUCCGAAGAGACUAAGUAAA